AAUGCAGCACAGUAAUCGAGCCGCCUGUAUUCUUCACACGGCGUCUCUCUGCGGCCAUGGUAACACUUCUCUUAACACAGGACCUCUGAUUCAAACAAACAACACAAACAAGUGCUUUUAAUGCGGCUUUUAUUCAGCAUGAAUUUGGCAGAGAUAUGUGACAACGCCAAGAAGGGCCGUGAGUAUGCUUUGCUGGGGAACUAUGACUCCUCCAUUGUGUACUACCAAGGUGUCAUCCAGCAGAUCCACAAGCACUGUCAGUCCCUCAGAGACCCUGCACUUAAAGUCAAAUGGCAACAGGUCAGGCAGGAACUGACUGAGGAGUAUGAGCAGGUGAAGGGCAUCAUGGGAACGCUUGAGAGCUUUAAGUCAGAGAAGCCAGCUGACAUCUUGGCUCCUCAAUACGACGACAGACCCGAGGAUCCAGCUGUGUGGCCCCCUCCCACACCUGCAGAACACAGGAAUCCUGUUGUUGCAGUGAAGCGUCCCAAUAGUGCUGUGAAGCAGCAGAGGAAGGAAUCCCCUGGUCUGCAGCAUCGAGGGGCCGGGACAGGAGCCCGUGGUCAGGCCAACCCUAAACCAGACCGUCCGGGAUCCAGAGACGCCCGAGGCACAAAAGCCAAAGAUGAAAAGGGGAAGAAAGUGGCGGGAGACACGCCAGGGGAUGUAGAGCACAAGAGGUUUGAUGGCACAGGAUAUGACAGCGACCUGGUUGACUCACUGGAGAGAGAUAUUGUGUCCCGCAACCCUAAUGUACACUGGGACGAUAUCGCUGAUCUGGAAGAUGCAAAGAAGCUACUGAGAGAAGCGGUGGUGUUGCCCAUGUGGAUGCCCGACUUCUUUAAGGGCAUUCGUCGUCCCUGGAAGGGAGUGUUAAUGGUCGGCCCCCCGGGGACAGGGAAGACCAUGUUAGCCAAAGCUGUGGCCACAGAAUGUGGGACUACUUUCUUCAACGUGUCCUCCUCCACCCUCACUUCCAAAUACAGGGGCGAGUCAGAAAAACUUGUUCGUCUGCUCUUCGAAAUGGCUCGGUUUUAUGCUCCAACAACAAUCUUCAUAGACGAGAUUGAUUCGAUCUGUGGCAGAAGAGGAACAUCUGAUGAGCAUGAAGCCAGCCGCAGGGUCAAAUCAGAACUUCUGGUUCAGAUGGACGGCGUUGGGGGGGCUUUGGAGAAUGAUGACCCCUCAAAGAUGGUCAUGGUCCUUGCCGCCACCAACUUCCCCUGGGACAUCGAUGAAGCGUUACGGCGACGGCUGGAGAAGCGGAUCUACAUCCCCCUGCCCACAGCUGUGGGUCGUGUAGAGCUUUUAAAGAUCAACCUGAGGGAGGUGGAGGUGGCUGCUGACGUGGACCUGGACCUCAUUGCAGAGAAGAUUGAGGGCUACUCUGGUGCGGACAUCACCAACGUCUGCAGGGAUGCGUCCAUGAUGGCAAUGCGUCGUCGAAUCCAAGGUCUGAGCCCCGAGGAGAUUCGAGCUCUGUCCAAAGACGAGCUGCAGAUGCCCGUGACCAUGGAGGACUUCACCCUCACUCUAAAGAAGAUCUCAAAGUCUGUCUCUGCUGCCGACCUGGAAAAAUACGAAGCCUGGAUGGCUGAGUUUGGUUCAGUAUAGAGAACUGAGCUGUGUAGACCUAGAGGGACCAGAGUACUUUGAAAAUGAUGAAAGCCUUGAAGACGAGGGACUGUAUGUCACGGAGCGGAGUGAACUGUAGUGUGUGAACCAGGCAGCACAUCUGGGAUCAAGGUUAUAAACGUUCACAUGAGAAAACUGAUGCCUUUGAGAGAGGAUGAUGAAAACUCUUCGUGGCUUCACUCCUGCCCUUUCACAGACACUACCCUCGUCGUUGCUUCAAUAUAUUUGUCCGUGUAGAGACUAUAAAUCGUCCAGCUGCUGACUGACUAAAGUUACGUGAGGAGGAAAGGGGAACUUAAUGUAAAAGUAGCCUAAUACACACAGGUAGACAAGGGAAUGCACUCUAGUUUUACUUAGAAUAUUAGGCCUCGUGCAAGAAUGUUUUGCGAUUAUUAUCCUAAAUGUCUUACUUCUUUUGUGAAGAUUGUUCGUACCUCAAAUAAUCAAAAACAAAAUUGCUGCAAAUUGCUGCUUAAAUCAACCUGGUGAAUGCCAGCUGUUUACAAGUACGUGAGCUUUUGUGAAAUUUAAUAAUUUGGAUAAUCACUGGCCUUAAAAUUGCUUUGUAAUUCCCCAUUCUGCUCAGCCUGUGGGCAAUUUUCCUUUAUAAAAUGUUUUUUGAAGAGUGAAAAGAUGAAUUUCACGCUGUUGAGCUUCACACCCUGCUGUCAGAAACCAAAAGGUAAAAGCAUAAUAGGUGCAGCAGUUUUUGUAAUUGUAUUAGCAGAACCGAUUAAUUAGAAAAUCUUAAUACAACUGCAACAACAGAGUAAGUUCACCAGGAAAUCGUCCUGCAUAAAAACCCUGAGGCAUGAGGGAAUUUCCACAAUUAUUAAGAAAAUCCUGCCAAAAUAUUGCUUGUGACGAAAUGAGAACAUUGCAGAAUCUCUCAAUAAAUUGGCAAACUAUGAUGAAGGUGAUAAUCAACAACAAAUCUUCUUAAACCACUUAAACGUGUCACUUAAGAACAAAUCUGUUAGAAGUGGAUGUUUCUUGCACGAGUUUUUUUGUCUUAAAGAACUGUACGUUUGAGCACUUUUAAUGUAUUUCCUUCAGGAGCCCAUGUACAUACUACUGACUGAACACACUUGAAAAAACACAAUUAUAUGUUUUUUUCUGUUUUGUGUAGAAACGGUGUUUGUGUUCCUGUGUUGUUUUUAAUAAUCGUUAAUUUUAAUUCUGUUGAGACAAACAAAUGUAGUCAAACAAAAAGCACAUGGCUGCUGGACCCAUGGAUUGUUUAUUAAAACAUACGGGCAAUUCUCGCCUGGAAUCUCUCCUACUCAA